AUGCUUACUACUGACUGGAAACAAUUGGCCUCUCAGGCCACAGCCAUCUACGACAAAUCUUUGGAGAAAACCUUGCAGUUAUUUCCACUUGCACCCGAUACUGUCAAGAUAUUAGAAUCGCUUCCCAGUGCCAGAGGUCGGGAUGUUACUGACUUUGGAAGCCCUGCCCCAGUGCCAAUUGACGUAUAUAGGGAGAAGGUCCCCAGUGAAGUUUUGGAAAUCACAGAAAAGGACCCGUAUUUGUUACUCCAAGACUUGAAGGCUGGCAAAAUCUCUGCAGUGAAGGUUCUCACGGCAUACUUCCAUGCGGCCAUUUUCGCAUCCAAACUUGUCAACUGUGUCUAUGAGUUUUUACCGGAGGAGGCACUUGAACUUGCCAAAGGAUUGGAUUCAGAGAAAAACUUUCUGUUGCCACUCUUUGGGUUGCCCGUUUCCAUCAAGGAGAUGAUCCCUUUCAAGGGCAGAUCUGUCACACACGGCUCGUUGUGCUAUUUGGACAGAGUAGUGGACUACAAUGCCGAUAUCGUCAAUAUAGUAAUUUCCAAUGGAGCAAUUCCGUUCGUAAGAACAACUAACCCACAGUCUCUCAUGAUGUUGGAGUGUGAGUCGUUCACCCAUGGCAGAACAGUCAAUCCAUACAACUCGCUGUUGACCAGCGGAGGAAGUAGUGGAGGAGAAGGUGCCAUCAACGGAAUUGGAGCUUCAGCAUUGGGUUUUGGCUCAGAUAUUGGUGGCAGUAUUCGGUGUCCUAGCAGUUUCAAUGGUAUCUACGGCAUGAGGACUACCGUGGGCCGGCUUCCCACUGCAGACUACUUCUCGUGUCAAAUGGGUUCUGAGUCCAUCUUAUCGGUGACGGGACCUAUGACCAGAUCAUUGAAGUUGUUGAAUUUGGUGAUGGAUGUAAUGUUAUCUGCCAGACCAUGGUUGGUGGAUCCCACAUUGGCCUCCAUAGACUGGAAGCCAACCACUACCAAAAAGUUGAAGAUCGGGAUCUUGAACUACGACGGUGUGGUGAUGCCACAACCACCGAUUAAACGUGCUUUGGACAUUGUAAGGCUGAGAUUGCUGAGUAUUGAUAAUGUGGAAGUGAUUGAAUUCAAGCCCUAUGACCAUGCCAAGGCAUGGGAGAUCAUCUCCACUUUAUACUUCGAAGAUGGAGGUGUUGACACCAAACGUACUCUCGAAAGCACGGGUGAACCUCUAUGUCCUCAAACAGCAUGGGUUGUAGAGGGCCGAAAUGUCAAGCCAUUGGCGAUGCAUGAGCAGUGGCAUUGGAACCUCGAGAAGCAAAAGUACAGAAAAGCUUAUUUGGCCCAUUGGGUGAAGUCGGGACUUCCUGAUGCAGUGAUUGCACCCGUGUUCCCUGGUCCACCAGCCAAACACAGAACAGCCAAAUACUGGGGCUACACAUCUCAGUGGAACUUGUUGGACUAUCCAGCUUUGGUGUUUCCUGUGACCAAGGUCGAUGUUGAGCUUGAUAAACCAGUGGAGUACGAACCUACCAAUGAAAUGGAUGAAUUUAUCUACAAAGAGUAUGACAGUGCUGAGCUGUUUUCUAAUGCCCCUGUGAAUCUCUGUGCGGUUGGGUUGCGAAACACAGAAGAGAAAUUGGUUGAGGUAGUCAAGCUCUUAAUUUGA